AUGGCCCAUCAAACUCCGUCCAGCACUACUAGCGAUUCCCUCAACAUCUACAUCCUAACAUACAACUGCGCGCGGACCCUCGUCGAUCCCGUGACGUUUGCGCCAUAUCUCUUCCACGCCCUCCCGCCAAGCAGCGACUCUCCAGAACUUCUCGUCCUCUGCCUGCAGGAGCUCGCGCCCAUCAGCUAUGCCUUUCUGGGCGGGUCGUUUCUGACGCCCUACUUCGGGGCGUUCCGCGAAGUCGUGAGGCUCGCUUCCAAAGACGACCGCCACGGCUACGUGAAUGUGGUGAGCAGAAACCUGGGCAUGACGGCCAUCAUGGUCUUUCUGAGGGACGACGUCGUCGAUAACCUCAAGUGGGUGAGCACGGCUGGAGUGGGUGUCGGGGUUGGCGAAAUAGGCAACAAAGGCGCCGUAGGUGUCAGGCUGGGAUACCGAGUGAGCCGAGAUGAUCAAGGAGGAGAUGAUAGCGAGGCAAAUGGCGAGAGCGAGGAGGUCGAAUUUACCAUCGUGUCGGCCCAUUUGGCUCCGAUGGAAGACGGUGUCGAGAGGCGAAAUGAGGAUUACAAGAACAUUAUGCAGAGACUGGUGUUCCUGCCGGAUCAGAGAGUCAAGGCUCCUCUGUCUCGGGACGCAGAAGGGGAAGAUGCGCCGCUGCUACAAGGAGAAGUUCACUCACAGGGGCAUGAGACUGUUGCUGGAGAGAGCGGGAUGUACUCGACUGCAUCAUCGUCAUCAUCAUCUUCAUAUUUUUUCUUCGCUGGUGAUCUCAACUAUCGCACAUCACUGCUCCGACCGUCUCCACAGGACGUCGAGAACAAAUUCCCUCAGGCUACCACGAACAGAGACGAACCGAUCCAUUUUCAAGACCUGCUGGCCGAAGACCAGCUUACUCAGCAGGUCAAGGCUGGGAGGACUCUACACGGGCUGACAGAGGCCCCCAUCACCUUCCCACCUACGUACAAGUACGACACCGACGGAAGCAAGGCUGUCCUCCUGGUCAAUGAAGAAGACCGACAGCACUGGAGCUGGGCACGUCAUCGCUGGCCGAGCUGGUGCGACCGAAUCUUCUUCUCGAACACCUCUCAGAGAGGUGACGUCAAGGUGACUCCGCUGCGGUACACGUGUCUGCCGCUCUUUGCAACCUCCGAUCACCGCCCCGUAGCACUGGCAGCCUCGGUGCCUCUCAAGGCUACUGGAUCUAAUGCAGGGCAGGCACAGGGCGAAGGGGGCCCGACGACAGUGCCAUUCGGCAUCGAUCCGGAGUGGAGGAGCAGGAGGGUGCAGGCACGCAGGAAGGAGCUGGCUGUCGGGAUCAUGGCUUAUCUGGCACUGACAUGGGAAGGGAACGGGUUGUUGCUUGCAACGACGAUUGGAGUGGUGGGUGGAUGGCUGAUUAUCAGAGCUCUCCUCCUGGUGUGA